AUGACUCGAAAGGGAAUAGACUUUCUUGGAAGGCUAUCUCACCCUAACCUUGCCACACUCCUGGGAUUUUGUCAAGAGGACGAAAAUUUAGCGUUCAUGCCGAUGGGCAGUUUGGGAAAACAUAUAUUCAAAAAGGGCUCUACAGAUCAUCUCUCAUGGAAUGUAUGCCGUAAGAUCGCAGUCGGGGCUACCAGAGGCUUGGCCUUCUUGCACAAUUUUGAGAGGCAAAUAAUAUUCAAGGAUUUCAAAUCUUCAAAUAUUUUGCUAGAUGGGUCUUACACGGCCAAACUCACCGACUUUGGAUUGGUGAGGUCUGGUCCUUAGGGCAAGUCACAUGUUACGACACUUAUGGGUACCUUUCACUAUGCUGCCCCUGAAUACAGAGCAACCGGGCGUCUAUGUGUAAAGAGUGAUGUUUACAGUUUUGGUAUCGUGCUGCUUGAAAUACUAACGGGCUUGAGGGCAUUUGAUUGGAGACGUCCACGAGGCAAAGCUAAUUUAGUGGAGUGGGCUGGACCAUUCUUAUCCAGUAAAGAUAAACUGUGGACUAUAAUGGACUCUAGAUUGAAGGGCAAAUAUAAUAGAUAUUCUGCAUUCCAAAUAGCAAAGCUUGCCUCAAAAUGCGUUGAAGAGACUCUUAGGUUUCGGCCUUCCAUGACUAAAGUCGUGAAAGAAUUAGAAUCAAUAGAAGCUGCCAGUGCUAAUAGAAUAUGAA